AUGCCUUUCAAGAAAGACCUCACCGCCUCCCCAAAACAAAAACUCAAAUCCUCCAUCCAGCGCUCCCUCCGGACCUCGCUCCUGCAGACCUACCCCCUCCUCAACCCCUUCAUCGAAGAGAUCAUGCCCAAAAAGUCCUCCCUCGAGCAGAUGAAGCUCCCCGACCGGGUAUCCCUCUACGUCUGCGACGGAAACCCCCUGUUCUUCCAGCACGACAGCGACGUCCUCCUCCCCCACCUCAAGCUCGUGCACCGGUUCCCGCAGUGCUUCCCCACCGUGAGGAUAGACCGUGGUGCUAUCCGGUUUGUCUUGUCGGGCGCGACGCUCAUGGCGCCGGGGUUGACUUCUGCGGGCGGGAGGCUGCCGGAGCCGGAUGCGAGGGAGGGGAGGGAGACGCUUGGGGAGGGGAGGGAGACGCUUGGGGAGGGGGCGCCGAAUGAGGGGGCUGAUGGGGAGGGGAGGUGGAGUAGGGAGUUGGAGAAGGGGGAGCCGGUUGUGGUUAUGGCUGAGGGGAAGGAGGAGGCGGCGGCGGUGGGGGUGCUGGUUAUGGGGACGAGGGAGAUCAAGGAGAAGGGGAAGGGGCCGGUGAUGGAGGAUGCGCACUUUUUGGGGGAUGGGUUGUGGAGGUUGAAUGUUGACUAG